GGUGAAAUACACCCUGUUUUUGAAGAAGAAACUCGUGAUAAUAUCUUCACAUUAUACUUCUAUCUGUAUUGUUCUCAAGUCAAAUCUUACAGAAUAAUCAUGCGACACCAACACUAUUGGGAGAUAAGUUUUGCGUUAAUCAAUUAAUUCACAUAAAACACAAUAAAUUAGUUAUCGCUGGAUUCACGAUAAUUUUCUCCAGUCUGAGUAUAAAUAUGCUCAGACUUGCCAGAAAAGUCAUCACGAAUAACAUAAAUUAGCAGCUUUGGAUUUGCUGAGUCGCUCAACUCAAACAGAAAUGGCAUCAAAUCUAGUCAUCGCUACCUGCCUUGCAUUGGCUCUCUUCCACGUUGCCCACUCCUUCCCAGCCGGCUGCGGUUGCGGUUGCGGUUGCGGCUGCGGUUGCGGCUGCGGCAAGACCGCCGUCGUCAUCAAGGAGGACAAGUGCUGCUGCCCACAGCCAUGCUGCACCUGCCACAAGAAGUGCGGUGACACCAUUGUCAUCCGCGAACCAGACACCUGCUGCUGCCACCCUGUCUGCGUGCCAACCUGCAGUCCAUGCUGCGGUGGUGCCUACGGCUACGGUGCUGGAUACGGAUAUGGUACCGGUUACGGAUACGGUGCCGGUUACGGAUACGGUGGCUACGGAUGCGGUUGCGGUUGCGGUUGCGGCUGUCACAAGAAGUGCGGUGACACCAUCAUUGUCAAGGAGCCUGACACUUGCUGUUGUCGUCCAGUUUGUCGUCCAGUCUGCUGUUGCUAGAUUUGACAACGUCAAAGUGUGAUCUCAACAAAAUUCGCUUUGUCUCAAAAUAUCCACAUACACAAAAACCUGCGAUAUUGUCUGUGAUCUGUACAUUUGAAAUAAUCUGCUACAUAGUAUAAACUCCAAAUGCCUUUGAACUCUCCAAAAUUCUCACAUAAAAAUUAUUCGCAUGAAAUAAUCCACUAGAUAUUAUGAUGCUUGUAUCGCUGUGAUCUCCAUACAAGGCUGCAUCAGAUUUUCAAUUAAGUUUCCUCUACCUCAUUUCUCGAUAACCUUAGAUAAUCUCUACCUAUUCCCAAACUAUCCCAAAAACUCCUGUAGUAUCUCCUUCCCCUUGUAGUGAAUAUUUUAGAAAUCCAAUGAUCCUCUUCCCCUAAUAUCCCCAAUACAAUCUUAACCAACUCUUUAGUCAAUCCAAAAUCCAUGAUUCACUAUGUUUUCAACUAGAAUCCAAAGAUAAAUAUUAAACUGUUGGAGACAACUCUAAGUAUCUUGUAUAGUACAACAGCAGCCUACCUCACAUAAGCAAAUACCAGCCAAAAAUCAAAGACUAAAUUCCAUACGUUCCUCUAAUAUUCAUAUUAUCUUUCAAUUUGAUUUCAAAUUGAAUGAUAAUGGUACAAAGUUGUGAGAUAGUUUUAGACUAAGAUGCUCUUUACCUGAAUAAAUAUAAAUAUUGUACAGAAUUA